AUGGUGCGCCGCCACGCUGUCUAUGCUGUCUGGCGGGACUCGCUCUGUGUGUUCUGCCACCUGGCACACAAAGUGGCGCUCGUUGUCUGCAUCCUGGAGGGCAGACGCGCAGCAGGGCCUGAAGGCCAUACCUUUGCCGCGCUUUCCCUGACCGCGCUGACCGCGCUGCCCUUCGGCCUGCGGGCCAGGUUCCGAGUCCACAUGUGGCUCCUUCUUGCACACUUCGUGCUCCUCCUCUGGUACCAACCCAGGGUUCUCCAAGGCAACCUGUGGGGAACCGUCCUGGCCUCCCGCCUCUUGCUGGCCGUCGGAGCAAGCCUCGUCCUGCUCCUCACCGCAAGAGUUGAGCUCAAGGCUCGACAGCAAUUCUGUUCGAUACUGGGGUGCAAGUAG